AUGGCUAUCAAAUCAGUGGAAGUUCACCAUGAGUCAUCUGAAGAAUACGACUUUGAAGAAUACGAAGAUGAUGAGGAGGUGCUCGAUACUGAGCACGUAGAUGUGGAAAUGAAAGAAGAUGAUUUCAAGACACAGGGGGCUAAUGAUCUUGAUUUGGGAGAUGUGGUUGGUGCAGGCUUCCCCAUUCACGACCCAUCAAUUAAGUGGAAUAUGAUGAAGCCCCUUCUUGGUGAAAGGUAUGAAUCACCACAUCAGUUGCAACAAUGUCUCACUAAUUAUGCUAUUAAGUCAGGGUAUAACAUUAAAUUUGCGAAGUGUGACACUAUGAGAUUAAUUGCCAAAUGUGGUUCUAAGAUGAAGUCUCAACCCUACCCAAUUAGAGUUCAUGCUUCCUGGAUGACUCAAGAAAGGUCUUUUCAGAUUAAAACCUUAGUCGAUGAGCACAAAUGUGUUAGAAAUUUCAAUAUUUCAAAUUUACUGAGUCCCAGAUGGCUAGCAAGACACUUUUUGAAGGAGUUGAUAAUGAAACCUAACUUGAAGUGUAAGGAGAUGCAAUCGAUAAUUAGGACCAAAUUUCAUUAUGGUGUGUCUUGGUCUAAGGCUUACAAAACAAGGUGUAGAGCAAUGACCAUUAUAGAUGGUAAACUCACAGAACAUUAUGCUAGGGUGUGGGACUAUUGUCAUGAGUUACUAAGGUCAAAUCCUGGUAGCACUGUCCAUGUUGGUGUCACUAUAAAUUCAGAUCAUACAACAUACUUUCACAGGAUGUAUUUGUGUUUUAAAGCAAUCAAGGAAGGUUGGAAAAUAGGGUGUCAUAGGGUAAUUGGCCUAGAUGGAUCUUUCUUGAAAGGGACACGUAAAGGAGAAUUACUCACAGCAAUAGGGAGGGAUGGAAACAACCAAGUUUAUCCAAUUGCUUGGGCAGUUGUUGACAUUGAAAAAAAAGCUAAUUGGAAAUGGUUUCUGGAACUCCUCACAGAGGAUCUUAAUCUGCUAGAUGGAGGAGGGUUUACUGUAAUUUCUGAUCAACAUAAGGGAUUGCUUGAAGCAACCAAGGAAGUCCUACCAAAUGUGGAGCAUAGACAAUGUGCAAGACACAUAUAUGCUACCUUUAGGAAGACCUAUUCUGGAGUGGAGUUCAAGAAUAUGUUCUGGGCAACUUCCUUAUCAACUGUAGAGAGUGAAUUUCUAAGGAAAAUAGAUGAUAUAAAAGAGGUUAAUCCAAAUGCUUAUGAACAUUUGACUGCAAGAGAUCCUCACACAUGGUGUAGGGUAUUUUUUAGGACUGAUAUAGCAUGUUCUACCAUAUGUUACAAAAGGCAUAAAAAGUGGGAAUCAGUGGUUUGUCCAGUUGCUAUCAAGAAAAUGAACAGGCUUGGAGAGGAUUUGAGGAAUUUGAAUGUGAAUCCAAGUGGACCAUCUAUUUUUGAAGCCAGGAAUGGAUUAGAAGGGUACGUGAUUAACUUACAAAGUAAAGUGUGUAGCUGUAGGCUUUGGGAUAUCUCAGGAAUUCCAUGUGUACAUGCACAAUGUGCAAUAUUAUUCACUGGACAAGAUCAUGUUCAAUUCAUAAGUGAGUGGUUUAAUGUGGAUAGGUUCAAGGCCAUAUAUGCAAACAAUAUACUGCCUGUGAAUGGUAGAAAUUUAUGGCCUAGAACAUCAUACAUAAAGCCUUUACCCCCGUUUAGCUAG